AAUAAAAAAAAUAAAAGUUAAAUAAUAAAAAAUUAAACGAAACUAAAAAGACUAAGAUGAUAAAUAAUAUAGCUUUACAAUAGCUAGAUUAGAAAAAUCAUUAUUAAAAUGUACUUGUAAAUGGAACAGCAAGUGAAUUAGCCUUAAAUGUUUAAUCAUAUGAUUAAAAAAAUUAAUUAUCUCCCUAAUUCAAUCCUUAAUAAUAUAAUCAAGAUCAAAAUCUAAUUCUAAAUCAAAAUCUAAUAAAUUCAAUAAAUCUAACGAAUUCAAUAAAUCUAACAAAUCAAAUAAAUCCAACAAAACCAAUAGAAGAACCAAUACCUAUUAAUAAAGUGUCAAAAACAAAAAAGAAUAAUAUUAGUUACUGCAUUUUUGGCAGUUUUAAUAAUAUUAGGAACUUUAUUGGGACUAAUAUUAUCUAGAGAUGAUAACGAAGCAGACUUGUAAAUUAAAACCCCUCCUUAAUACGUUAACUAUGAAAGAAUAAUUAAUUCUGGAUAAACUAGUAACAUAGUAAAGUUAAGACAUGUUCCAAAAGCAGAAAUUACAUAUGAAUAUAAAUUAAUAAAUACUCAAACAACCUAAUUAAACGAUAAACCUAUAGAAACUAAAUCUACCAUAAUUCAUAUAGUUUCUUUAGUCUGUAAUGAUGUAACUGAAGAUUCUUUCGAUAUGUACCUUUAUUUCCUGAAAAAACUCAAAUUUUUGAUAAUGAUAAACUUACAGGAUCUUUCACUGGUUUCCCUGAAAUGGUUCAAGAUUUAGAAGUUAAGAAACUUCUCAGAAAUUUAUAAUAAAGUGAAUAAAAAUAAAAUAGCGAUUAAAAUUAAAAUGAAAAUACUUAAUAAUUAAUAAAUGAAUAUAGUACUUUAAACGAAUAAGAAAUCAAAUUAUUAUAAAAAAGUGGAGUUUCAGCUGAAUAAUUCCAUUAAAGUCGUUUCCCGAUAAUAAGAUUCAGUUUAUUAAAAGACGGUAGAAUUGAAAAUUUAGAAAUCCCAAUAAAUUUAAGAAUCGAUUAAUAUUAAGUAUACAUUAAUAUUCUCGAAUAGUUAAUUCCAAGAGUAUCAGCUGAUAUAUACAAUAUAAUAUAAAAAACUGAAAACGGAAAAACUCGUAUAUUAAAAAAAAGAACCCGUACAUUAAAAUAAAGAACUCUUAAUGGAGAUAACGUAAAUCCGGAACACGAAGCCCAAUUAUUAGGAUAAAAAUAAGCUGUAUUGAAGAAUUUUUACACUAAAGAAAAACAUUUCGAUAAUAAUUCUGAAGAAAUAGUUAAUUAUAUUUAAAAUUAAUUCAUAGAAUUAGGAGGAGUUAUUUAAACUUAAGUAGACUCUUUAUAUCAUUUAUAAGAUAAUUAAAAAGAUGAAUAAUAAAUAUUUAAAAAAAUUUAAAUUGCUUCAGCUUGUACUGUUUCUUUUGUAUCAUAAAAAACUGAUGUAGGUGAAUAUUUCCUUGAAUUAUUGAAAAAAUAUUAAUCUUAAAUAAGUGUUUUUAAAUUUACAUGGAAUUAAGCUCUUAAAUAAUACUAGAAUUUUUUUAAAAGGGAAAAUUUAGUAGUAUAAAGAAAUCAAAUAAGAUCACUCUAACAAGAUAAACAAGAAAGUAAUUUUGGGAAAACAAAACUCGGACAAAAUAUAGAUGCAAACAUAUUUUAGAAAAAUAUAGCAUCAAUAGCAUUUGGAGCUAACCUAUUUUCUUAAUGUUUCCAAUCUAAAACUUUUGGACAAGAAGAUUUUUGCAAUAUAGGCAUAAAAUAAACAUUUAAUAGUGAUUCAAUAGUAAUAGCAUAAAAAUAAGUAAAAUUUAACGCUACUAAAAUAUUCAAAAUUUAAUAAUUUAUAAUAUCUUAAUUAGACAAAAAAAUAGAAUCUAUAAGUAAUAUUUUGAAUAAUAAAUUUUAAAACUUAAGAAUAGCAAUAUAAGGAAUUCUUGAUAAAACAGAAAAGUUUAUUGAUUUAAAAAAAAAUCCAAUUUUAAUUUAAAUUUCUGAUACUAUUUCUAAAGAAGGACUUCAAAUAGCUAAUUAAAUUUAAGAUUUCGAAAAAGAAGUUACUUAAUUCAUUAAAAGCUUAAGUUCUUUAAUUGAAAGUCCUUUGAAAAAUAUCUAAGAAAAAACCUAAUAAUUUUUAAGUUCUAAAUAAAUUAAUUUUGAUGCCUAUGUAAAUCAAAUUAAUCAAUUCGCCUAAGAAAAAUACAAAAAACUUCUCAAAUUCGUUGAUGAUUAAAUAACUAAAGGACUUAAUCCUUAACUUAUAUUAAAAAUUAGAACUUUUUUAACAACUUACGAUAUUAUUCUUAAAGAUUUAGUUGAAAACUAAGUUAGAAAAUACCUCUCCUAACUUCAAACAUUUUUUAUUGAAAAAUAAAAAGAAUUUUCAGAUAUAAAAAGUCUUAUUAACGACUCAACUUAAUAAUUAGAUGAUAUCUCCAAAAUUAAAAUUAAUUAAUAAGUUAAAGAUUUCCUUAUUUCCGGAAUAGCUGAUAAUAUCCAAAAAACUUUAUACGAUCUUAUUGAAAAAAUCACAAAUAAUUAACAAAUUUAAAAUCUUCUCACUUCAAAUAUCCUUAAAUAAUUACAAGUAUUCAAAACUUAAAUAUUAGAAAAAUUAGAUUUAAUUUCUAAAAUCGAAUUCACUAAUGACGAAAACCAAAAUUAAAAUGAAGCCAUUUAAAUUACGAAAGAAAUGAAUAACAUUUAAGGUAAUAUCUAAAAUGACCUUCUUUCAGGAAUUAAAGAAUUCCAAUAAGAAAUCGAUAAUUUAAUUUCUAAUCUAAAAUCUUAAAUUGGAAAUGAUAUUAAAUAAAAAAUUAUUGAUUAUUCCAAAACUCUAAUUAAUUUUUCUGAUAAGCUUACUGGAACUUCGAUUUAAAAAAGUACGGAAACCCUUUAAAAAGUCGAAUUAAUUGGACAAAAUGUUUUAGAUAAUUUAUCUGUAUAGAAUAAAGAAAUUCUUUAAGCUUCUAAUAUUAUCCUUGAUGAUUUAAAAGCUGUUUAUAAUGAAAUGAAAUCAAUUUUAUCUAACCCUGCUCUACCUGGGAAUGGAUAUGUUUUAUAAAAUAGCGUAUAUUCCAAUAUUAAUAAUAUCUUUAAUUAAAUAAAUACUGUUUUUAAUCAAAACUAAGGUGGAUUCAAUGGUUUUAUAGGAAUUAGUGACUAAAUAUUAAGAAUUAAAGCUCUUCCGAAUAAAUUCUAAUAUAUAUUAAAUGAUUUGAAAUAAUUUACUUAAAAACCUUUUGAUUAAUACUCUGUUCUUAAAUCUUCUUUUCUUAAUAUUAAUAAAGAAGGAUAAGCAUUAUAAAAUACAAUUCUUUCUUAAGUAACUGCUGCUAAAUCAACAUUCGCUUCAAAAUAGGCAGAAAAAGAUAAUUCUUUAAAUUAAUUAAUGUAAGCAUAUUAAUAAAUCAGUUUACAGGGUGAUGAUUUGGCAAAAAACAUUGAUAAAUUAGACGAAUUCUUAAAAUAAUAAAAAACUGAUGUCUAGAAAAUGUUUCAAGACAAAAUUUUAGAAAUAAAAAAUACAUUAGAUUUCAAUGACCAAGUAAAAACACCAGAAUUUAAAGUUCCAAUCUAAUUCACUUAAUAUUAUAAUACCCCAAUGGGAAUCAGAAUUAAAUUAUUAUUAGAAGCUACUUCAAUUACUAAGAUGAGCUUUGACAUAUAAUUCCGAUAGGCUAUAUUGAACUUAAAAGCUACAAUAGACACCAAAGUAAUCUUAAACAGUUAAAUAGUCGGAGAUGUCUAUGUAGCCCAAGUCGGAGGAUAUGCUUAAGGGACAAUUUUAGAUGCUAAACUAGAAACUUCUAUUGAAUUAAAUGCAUUAGAAAAAUUCAAAGGAAAAAUUACAUUAGAUGGAUCCAUAAAUCCUUUGUCUUUGAAAUUAGGUAUUUAUUAUACAAGUGUUUUUACUAAAGAAAGUGAUAAAUGUAUUUACUCAAGUCAAUUAGCUCCAUAAUAAAAUGAUAAAAAAAAUCCUGCCUCAAGUAUUAUGUGGAUUAAAAAUGGAGUUUAAGUAAUUGAUAAUGUUACUUAAACAGCUUUUGAUUUUUCCUUAUAAAAAUUUAAAAAUGCAGUAAUAUCCGCAUAAUAGACUGCUAAAUCUACUGCUAAAAAAGCAGCUUAAAUUAAUAAAGAUGCUGCUAUUAAGUCCGCUAAUGCCACUAAUAAAGCUUCUUAAGAUAUUGCUCAAGCUGCUAGAGAAGCAGCGAAAAAAGCUAUAAAGUCUGCUUAAGAUGCCGCUUCUAAAGUUGCUUAAGCUAAGGCUAAAGUUGAUUAAGCAAAUAAAGAUUAAUCUUUUUUAUCGGUUAGUGGUAUUAGUUUAUAAGAUACUUAGGAAUCUCUGAAAUGCUUAAAAGGUUAUGUUAUCAAUUCUUAAACAACUAAUAUUAUUGAACCUUUUGAAUUUAAAAGUUUAUAAUAAGAUAAGAAAAGGUUAUUCGAAAGCGAAAUUAAAGGUUUAGACGAACUAAAUUGAAAAAUUAAUUAUUAUUAUCAUGUAUAUUUAUAUAUCUUUACUUUAUAUAUGGAAUUUUAUUUUAAAGCAUAAAUAUUUUUUUAUAAUUUUUAU